AUGGAUGCAUGGGACGGAGCAAUAGAAGGAGGAGAGCUACCCAGUGCUGUGCUGAAGAGCCCACCAGCAGCCCUGGAGAACUGCCCAGCACACAGUUCUAAGAAUGGUUGUUUAUUAACCUGGGGUGAAGGUCAUGGGUCCAGCAAUGUCCCUGUCACCAGACUAAAUGGGCCUGAAGUUGCUGAGGCAUUUGCCAGAGACUGAGGCUGGAGGACAGCUUCCGUGCCACAGACUUCGUGCUCUGAGGAGGCCCUAGUGAGGACCAUGUUCCGGUUUGUAUCACUUCCUGUCCUUCUGUGUGUGGUGACAGUGUCCUGCUCAGAAGCCGUCACCUGCGAGGAUGCGCAGAAGACCUGUUCAGUGAUUACCUGUGGCAUCCCGGUCACCAAUGGCACCCCAGGCAGAGAUGGGCGAGACGGACCCAAGGGAGAAAAAGGAGAACCAGGGCAAGCGCUGAGAGGCUUGCAGGGCCCUCCAGGGAAAUUGGGGCCUCCAGGGAAUACAGGGGCUCCUGGGUUGCAAGGAGUCAAGGGCCAGAAAGGAGAUCGCGGAGACAGUUCAGGUGCUGAGAGUGCGCUGGCGAAGUUAGAGAGAGAGCUAAGGAGCCUGAAGUCCGAACUGGACCACAUCAAAAAGCUGCAAACCUUCUCGUUGGGCAAAAGAUCUGGAAAGAAGCUCUAUGUGACCAAUGGUGAAAAGGUGCCUCUUUCCAAAGUGAAGUCUCUGUGCGCCGAGCUCCAGGCCACCGUGGCCACCCCCAAGAAUGCCGAGGAGAACGCAGCCGUCCAGGAUGUGGCCAAUGACUCUGUCUUCCUGGGCAUCACAGAUGAAGUGACCGAAGGCCAGUUUAUGUAUGUGACAGGAGGGAGGCUGACCUACAGCAACUGGAAGAAGGGCGAGCCUAACAACCAUAACCUGGAGGAGGACUGUGUGGUCCUCCAAAGGGACGGGCUCUGGAAUGACGUGUCCUGCUCUUCCUCCUACCUGGCCGUCUGUGAAUUCCCAGCCUGA